AUGAUGAUGAUGCAUAGAUGGAGAAGAUCAGGAGAUUUCAUACGAUCUGCAUGUAAAUCACUAAGUAGCUUCCGACAGAAACAUAACUCAAUGUCUCCUUCUGUUACAGGUUUUAUGAAUCGUUACGAGUCAAAAGUUAAUACCUUUGAGCCAAAUGCUUGGAGUCAUCAGUAUAGAUCAUUUGGGUCAUCAUCAUCAUCAUCAGCUUUGAAAGUCAAGAGAAACCCAUUGUUUUCUUCUUUGGAAUCUAAAGAUGUUAGCUUCUUCAAGGAGAUAUUAGGGGAGAGAAAUGUUGUUGAAGAUGAAGAGAGGCUUGAGAUUGCUAAUACAGAUUGGAUGAAAAAGUAUAAAGGAUGUAGUAAGCUGAUGCUCUUACCCAAGAACACAGAAGAGGUGUCUCAGAUACUAAAGUAUUGUGAUUCAAGGAGUUUAGCUGUUGUUCCUCAAGGAGGGAACACUGGUCUUGUUGGUGGAAGUGUACCUGUCUUUGAUGAGGUGAUCAUCAAUGUUGGUUUGAUGAAUAAAGUCUUGUCCUUUGAUGAGGUUAGUGGCGUCUUGGUGUGUGAAGCAGGAUGCAUUUUGGAAAAUUUGGCAACUUUCCUUGACACAAAAGGUUUUGUUAUGCCACUGGACUUAGGUGCAAAAGGAAGCUGUCAUAUAGGUGGGAAUGUUUCAACUAAUGCUGGUGGUUUGCGCCUUAUCCGUUACGGCUCGCUUCAUGGAACCGUAUUGGGUCUGGAAGCUGUCAAAGCAAACGGCAAUGUGCUUGACAUGCUUGGAACUUUACGCAAAGAUAACACUGGUUACGACUUAAAACAUUUGUUUAUCGGUAGUGAAGGAUCACUUGGUAUUGUGACUAAAGUUUCUAUACUCACACAACCAAAGCUGUCUUCUGUAAACUUAGCCUUCAUCGCUUGCAAAGAUUUUCUCAGCUGCCAGGUACUGAACCACUUAGACGGUGUCCGUAAUCCAGUUUCCUCUUCAGAGAACUUUUAUAUUUUGAUAGAGACAACAGGAAGUGGUGAAACUUAUGACAGGGAGAAGCUUGAAGCGUUCCUUUUAAAGUCACUGGAACAAGGUCUAGUCUCUGAUGGUGUCAUCGCUCAAGACAUAAACCAAGCAUCUUCAUUUUGGCGCAUACGAGAGGGUAUAACUGAAGCGUUACAAAAAGCAGGAGCAUGUUACAAGUAUGACUUAUCUUUACCUGUUGAAGAGAUUUACAAUAUUGUCAAUGAUCUUCGUGGGAGAUUAGGUAACUUAGCAAAUGUUAUGGGAUAUGGUCACCUUGGAGAUGGGAAUCUUCAUUUAAACAUCUCAGCCGCUGAAUAUAACGAUAAGCUUUUAGGUUUAAUAGAACCGUAUGUUUAUGAAUGGACAUCAAAGCACCGUGGAAGCAUCAGUGCAGAACAUGGAUUAGGUGUAAUGAAAGCUAAUGAAAUCUUAUACAGCAAAUCACCAGAAACUGUGAGCUAA